AUGGCGCGCACAGUCGUAGGCUCUGCGGUGAUCGUCCGAGAAAAGUACUACUGGCCCGACGCGCAACUCAACUUCUGGACGAUAAUCAUGCUGGUGACGGCGGGGACGGUGCUGGGCAUCAAUGCGCAGUUCAUGACGAUUCAGAAUCAGACGAGGCAGGGGACGCCUUGGAUAAUGCCCUACGGCGUCACCGUCGGCGCCCUCACCCUCCUCUUCAUCCUCGUCGAACUCAUCCUCAUCGCCCAGCGCCGCCUGCUCCCCGGCGUAAUGAUGCUCCUCUCCUUCAUCCUGCUCGUGCUCUUCCUCACGGGCGCCGUGGGCACGGGCAUCCAGCUGUUCGGCAGAGCGGCGAUCAAUAACCAGUGUAAUCGCUACGUGUUCAAUCGGAGGGAGUAUGGCCCCACGCUCGAGACGUUGGCGUUUCUGCAGCAGCAGAAUAUCUGUCAAUGUUGGCAAGCGGUUUUUGCCUUUUGGAUUAUUGGCGCCGUCUUCUUCAUUUGGAUGAUGGUGAUUGCGGGCCAGGUCAAUCAGAACCAGUACGAGUAG